AUUUUUUUUUUGCAACUGAGGAAGGCGUAUAUUCAAAUACUAGGAUUUCAAUUUCGGUUGAACCAAAAUUCCAUAAUGCUGUGCAUUCGCUUUAUUUAGUACAUUUUGGAGAGCCGAAAACCUAAUAACAAUUGCCACGCACGGUCACACUGGCGCAAUGCCCUGCACUUGGGUGUAGAGAAAUUUCAACAACAGCCGAAGAAAUUGUACAAUUAUCGCAUUUCUUGAGCCGUCUCGAGUUGCGGGCGUGAGUGUGCGAAAGCCGGAGCAGCAGCUGCGAAAGUCAAGGUCGUUGGAAGUGGGCCACAAUGCGGAGCGGAGGCCCAGUCACUGGUGCCAUCGAAUCAUCGAGCCCCCGUAAGGGCGUUUGAAAAAAUCAAUCGGGCUCCACUCCGCCGCGAAUCAGCAGGAUGAGCAGCAACAACAACGCCCCCGCGUCCGCCCCAGACUCCGGCUCCAGCAACGCCAAUGAUCCCGUCUCCAGUUCCCUGUCAGUGGACAGCAACCUGGUCAUCAUCCAGGACAUGAUUGAUCUCUCGGCCAACCAUCUGGAGGGCCUGCGCACGCAGUGCGCCACCAGCUCCACGCUGACGCAGCAGGAGAUUCGCUGCCUGGAGUCCAAGCUGGUGCGCUACUUCUCCGAGCUGCUGCUGGCCAAGAUGCGGCUGAACGAGCGCAUCCCGGCCAACGGGCUGCUGCCCCACGCCACGGGCAACGAGUUGAGGCAGUGGCUCCGGGUGGUGGGCCUCAGCCAGGGUACCCUUACCGCCUGCCUCGCCCGCCUCACCACGCUGGAGCAGAGCCUGCGACUGAGCGAUGAGGAGAUCCGCCAACUGGUGGCCGACAACCCCAGCCAGCGGGAGGAGGAGGAGCUGCGGCGCCUGACCAGGGCCAUGCAGAACCUGAGGAGGUGCAUGGAGUCGCUGGAGAGCGGCACUGCGGCCAGCAACAACGAUCCAGAGCAGUGGCACUGGGACUCCUGGGACAGGCCCAUCCACAUUCACCGCGGCAGCGUGGGAAACAUAGGACUGGUGCAGAAUUCAACCGCCUCCCCGAGACCCCAUCAUCGCCAGCAUGGUGUCAAGGGGAAGAAUCCCGCUCUGGCCAAUUCAUCCAGUUCCAGGAGCGGCCGUCAAUCGCCCACAGCGACUGAGGAGCUGAACAGCACGCAGGGCUCCCAGCUAACGCUGACCCUCACGCCCUCGCCACCCAACUCGCCCUUCACGCCUUCCAGCGGGCUGAGCAGCAGCCUUAAUGGAACCCCGCAGAGGAGUCGCGGCACCCCGCCACCCGCCAGGAAGCACCAGACCCUGCUAAACCAGAGCCAGGUACAGGCGGACGGGGAGCAGCCAGCCCGCAGUCGGCUGCCCACUGACCCCAGCCCGGAUAGCCACAGUUCCGCCAGCUCAGACAUCUUCGUGGACGCCAAUACCAAUGCCAGCUCCGGAGGAAGUACCUCCAACGUGCUUAUGGUGCCGUGCUCCCCGGGCGUGGGCCACGUUGGCAUGGGCCACGCCAUCAAGCAUCGCUUCAGCAAGGUCAUCGGCUUCAAGGCCACCUGCACGCUGUGCCAGAAGCAGGUAUUCUCCCGCUGGCAAAAGUGCACCGACUGCAAGUACAUCUGCCACAAGAACUGCGCCCCACAUGUGCCGCCUUCCUGCGGACUGCCACGAGAAUAUGUGGAGGAGUUUCGGCACAUCAAGGAGCAGGGCGGAUACACCAUCGCACCGCAUGUCCACGGCGUGCCCAAGGGGUCGCCGCUGGUGAAGAAGAGCACCCUGGGCAAGCCGCUGCAUCAGCAGCACGGCGACAGCAGUUCGCCGAGCUCCAGCUGCACCAGCUCCACGCCAAGCAGUCCGGCGCUGUUCCACCAAAGAGGGCGAGAACUGGAGCAGGCUGGCAGCUAUGGCAGCAGCUCCAGCGCCAAUCUAGUGCCCACGCCAUCGCUGGGCAAGCACCAGCAGAGUCAAUUCAACUUUCCCAACGUGACGGUCACGGGAAGUGGCGGCAGCGGAGGCGACACUCUCAUCUCCAACGAGUCAGUGCCUGAGCAAUUUCCCCCGGCGCCUGUAACCGUCAACGGCGGAAUGGACAGCCUGGUGAGCAGCUCCAACGGGCACAUGAGCUCCCUGAUCAGCAGCCAGACAUCAAACGCUUCAAGUGCCGCCACCGUGACGGGCAGUCUGGUGAACAGCACAACGACCACCAGCACCAGCAGCUUCUUUCCGCGCAAGCUGAGCACAGCCGGAGUGGACAAGAGGACGCCCUUCACCAGCGAGUACACAGACACACACAAGUCGAACGACAGCGACAAGACGGUCUCCUUGUCCGGAAGCGCCAGCACGGACUCGGACAGGACGCCCGUUCGAGUGGACUCAACGGAGGACGGAGAUUCGGGACAGUGGCGGCAGAACUCCAUUUCACUGAAGGAGUGGGACAUUCCCUACGGCGACCUACGCCUGCUCGAGCGGAUUGGACAGGGGCGCUUUGGAACUGUGCAUCGGGCCCUCUGGCACGGAGAUGUGGCCGUGAAGCUGCUCAACGAGGACUACCUGCAGGACGAGCACAUGCUGGAGACCUUCCGCAGCGAGGUGGCCAACUUCAAGAAGACGCGCCACGAGAAUCUGGUGCUGUUCAUGGGCGCCUGCAUGAACCCGCCGUAUUUGGCCAUAGUGACUUCGCUGUGCAAGGGCAACACCCUGUACACGUACAUCCACCAGCGCCGGGAGAAGUUCGCCAUGAAUCGCACCCUCCUGAUUGCCCAGCAGAUAGCCCAGGGCAUGGGCUACCUGCACGCGAGGGAGAUUAUCCACAAGGAUCUGCGCACCAAGAACAUCUUCAUCGAGAACGGCAAGGUGAUCAUCACGGACUUUGGCCUGUUCAGCUCCACCAAGCUGCUCUACUGUGAUAUGGGCCUGGGUGUGCCCCACAACUGGUUGUGCUACCUGGCGCCGGAGCUCAUCCGGGCGCUGCAGCCGGAGAAGCCGCGCGGCGAGUGCUUGGAAUUCACCCCCUACUCGGAUGUCUACUCCUUUGGAACUGUGUGGUACGAGCUAAUUUGCGGUGAGUUCACGUUCAAAGAUCAGCCGGCGGAGUCGAUCAUCUGGCAAGUGGGCCGCGGAAUGAAGCAAUCGCUGGCCAACCUGCAGUCCGGACGGGAUGUCAAGGACUUGCUGAUGCUGUGCUGGACGUACGAGAAGGAGCACCGGCCGCAAUUCGCGCGCCUGCUUUCGCUGCUGGAGCACCUGCCCAAGAAGCGGCUGGCGCGCAGUCCCUCCCACCCCGUCAACCUCUCCCGCUCCGCGGAGUCCGUGUUCUGAGGGACCUGCUACCUGGUCACCGUAACUGUGUAGUACAAUUUCGACCGCUUCACCUAGCUAGCUCGCUGCUUCUCAAACAGUAAACUCUCCUAAGCUAAGUUCGAUCGAACCAAGCAAAUAUUGUAAAUACUUAAACGUAACUAUCAAAUUAUAGCUAACGAUUUUAAAACUAAAUUAUGUACGCAUGUAUCGGUUGCAAUCCAGUUGCAGUUGUGAGCAAACAAAACAAAGCAAGGGGAAAACAAAUGUUAACUCGAAAAAGACAAAAACGUUUAAAUGUUAAAGAGCAGAGGCAAACUGAGAAGGCAUAGACAUAUACAAACAAACAAGCACUGUGGCAAAUAUUAUUGUAAACGUUAAUCAGGUGAGCAAUUUCUAAAUUGUUAAUUAUGUGUAAGUAAAGCUCUAUAUAUAUGUAUAUGUAUACAGACCUGUAUAUGAGAGAUUAGUGUUUAAAUAAAUAUAUAUUGUGAAUUAUGUAUGGUCAAAUGUAUAUAGUAAAUGGACUAAAAUUACGAGAUCAAGCAGAAUGUCAAAUAAACUUAUCACUACAGCCAAAUUA